AUGGACAACGACACAUCAACUUGUUCUAUUAGAAGUAGUAGUGUAAAAGUUCAAAAAAUAUUUGAUCAAUAUAUGGCUUAAAUAGCUCCUUUGCCUAACCUAUAAAAUUCUACUAACAAGGAAAAUUCAUUUUCAAUCUCAAAUGAAUAGAGAUCUAAUUAUCACACAAGAAUUUAAACACCUGAUAAGACAACUUAAAGAAGCAACUCAUAAAUAUAAGCUCUAUAAGCCUUAUAAAAAAAAAAUAUGGAACUUAAAACAGAAAAUGAUAGUUUGAAAGAGCAGUUAAAAAACUAUUAAAAUUAAUAAAGUACUAUGAAUGAAAUCAAUUCCAUUUAUUAAAAUUUAUAAUAGUAGUAUGUUGUUUUAGAUUUAGAUCAUAAAUAAUUGUUGUAAUCCUAUGAAUUAUAACUAAAUUAAUUAAAAUAAGAAAAGGAUUAAUGUAUUGAUUAAAUCAAUCGACAAUAUAGAUUAUAAUUAGAUGAGAUGAAGUAAUAAAUGUAAUUGCAAAAUGAACGAUAUAAGAACAUUGAAGUUUGUAGAAAUGAUUAAGAUUCUCUACUUUAAAAUACUCUUGAUGAAUUAAGAAAAGAAAGGCAAAUGUUAAAUAAAUUAAAAUUAGAUUAGAGAUUAUUAUUAGAGGAUAAUGAGUAAUAGUAUGAAAAGCAAUUACAGUAUUAAUAAAAACUAUAUCAAGAAAUGAAAAAUUAAAAUACUAUAUUGAUGAAAGAAAAGUAAGAAUAAUAAGAAUAAAUAAAGGAACUAGAAAAAACUUAUAAGGAUCUUGUAUUUCAUUAAAAAUAAGAGAUCUUAAAAUUAUAAAAAUAAUAUACAGAUAUAAAGAGUUUCUUUGAAUCUUAAAUGUAAUAAGUAUAAGAAGAAGUAUCAUGUGCAAUGUAAGAAUUGAGAAAUAAAAACAGUGUUUAUCAUCAAUAAAUGUAGGAAUAAGAAUAAAUAAUAGAAGACUUAGAAGAUUUGAAUAAAUAAUUAAAAUAAUAAAUACUCUUUAAAGAUUAAGAAUUAAUAAACUUAAAAUCUUAAUUAGAAUAAUUGUAAAUACAAUAAGAAAAAUUAAAAUCAAUGAAUGAUGAACUCAUAAAUUAAUUUAAUAUUUAGAUAUAAGACUUGUAGUAAAAAUUAGAAGUGGAGAGAAAAAAUUAUGAGGAGGAAUCAGAAUUAAAUGAUGAUGAUAAGAAAGAAAUAUAUAAUGCCUUGCAUAAUGAUAAGACAUUAUUAUUAACUACAUCUCAUUCAUAAAAUGAUUUAUUACAUCCUUAAUAAUAACCAUAAACAUCAACUAAAGAUGUUGAAUAUAAAUUAUUACUUUAAUAAAUAAUUGAAGUAGAAAAAGAAGCUUUUCGAUUAAAUAAUCAUUACUAAACAUUAUUUUAGUAAUUCUCUAAAAACACUUAAUUAUCUGAAUCAUAAAAGUAGAACAUAAAAUAAGAGAUGACAGAUUUGAUGUAGUAAAUCAGAACAAAUAAUUCAAAAUUAUAUGAACUAAAGGCAAAGGAAUUCACCUACCUAUCUUGA